AUGUCUAAACCCGUCAUUGUUCUCGUCCCCGGUGCGUGGCACCGACCCCAGCACCUGCGCAAAGUGAUCUCUGGACUCGAGAAGUCUGGCUACGAGGCACACGGUGUAGCACUUGUCUCAGUCGACUCCAACCCCCCCGUGACCAGCUGGGAUAAGGAUGCCGAAGCGGUUCGAGAGGUGAUAGUAAAGAACCUGGACGCCGACAAGGAUGUCAUCGUGAUUGCUCACUCCUACGGCGGCCUGGUCAUGUCCGAAGCCGUCAAGGGCCUGGGAAAGAAGGCACGCGGGGAACAAGGACUCAAGACAGGUGUCCUCAGAUUGAUCUACAUGUGCGCCAUCGCGCCGAGGAAAGGUGAGACGCUCCAGGACAAGACGAAACCGGGCACCGAGCACGAGGCCAAGCUGGCGGAGCAGCAGAUGCAGACUAUGAAGAUCGAGCCGGACGGAAUGAUGCUCCCCACGAACCGCGAGCUGGGAAAAAAGCUCCUGUACAACCGUUGCUCGCCAGAAGACAUCGAAGAGGCACUCGAUCUCGUCGGCGCCUUCCCCGUCGGUCCUCUGCUGGUGCCUGCCACGUACACCGCGUACCUCGAGAUCCCAAGCACGUAUAUUGUCACCGAGAACGACAUGGCCUUGGCUCCGACGGCUCAGGAAAGGAUGGUCGCAGAGGGCGAGGGCGCAUUCGACGUCAUUCGAUGCCAGGAGGGCCAUUCGCCUUAUCUGAGCAAUCCCGGCCUUAUUGUGGACAUUAUUCGCAGGGCUGCGGGCGAGGAUGUGUAA